GCUGGGCCCGCGGGCUGCACUCAGGGUGCCGGCGGCGCGCACCGGCAGAGGGAGGGCCGAGGGCCUUGGCGGCUUCGGCGGCAACUUUGGCGUCCGUGAGGGGGCGGCCCGGGGUCAGGAUGCGGCGGAGCCCCCGCCCGGGCUCGGCCGCGUCCCCACACAAGAGCACUCCCAACUGUUACAGCGACAACAGCAACAGCUCAGUGAGCGUCACCUCGGGAGAAAGCAGCGGGCACCGGUCAGCUGGGCUGGGGCCCGGCGAGCCUGAGGGCAGAAGAGCCCGGGGCUCGAGCUGCGGUGAGCCUGCCUUGAGCGCAGGAGUGCCCGGAGGAACCGCACGGGCUGGAAGCUCUCGGCAGAAGCCGGCGCCCCGGAGCCACACCGGGCGGACCGCCUGUGGCGCGGCAACCGUGAGGGGCGGGGCCUCGGAACUGGCUGGCUCUCCCAUAGUCUCUGAGGAGCAGCUCGACCUUCUCUCGACCCUGGAUUUGAGGCAGGAGAUGCCUCCUCCGCGAGUGUCCAGGAGCUUCCUGAACCUACUCUUCCAGGUGCUGAGCGUGUUGUUAUCCCUGGUAGGAGACAUGCUGGUCAGCGUGUACAGAGAAGUCUGUUCCAUCCGCUUCCUGCUCACGGCUGUGUCACUACUGAGCCUCUUUCUGGCAGCACUCUGGUGGGGACUCCUGUACCUGAUCCCUCUUGCGGAGAAUGAACCUAAGGAGAUGCUGACUCUAAGUGAGUAUCACGAGCGCGUGCGCUCCCAGGGGCAGCAGCUGCAGCAGCUCCAGGCUGAGCUGGAUAAACUCUACAAGGAGGUGUCUAGCGUUCGAGCAGCCAACAGCGAGAGAGUGGCCAAGCUCGUAUUCCAGAGGCUAAAUGAGGACUUUGUGCGGAAACCUGACUAUGCGCUGAGCUCUGUGGGAGCCUCCAUCGACCUAGAGAAGACAUCCCAUGACUACGGAGACGCGAACACUGCCUACUUCUGGAAUCGCUUCAGCUUCUGGAACUACGCGCGGCCGCCCACGGUUAUCCUGGAGCCAGAUGUGUUCCCUGGGAAUUGCUGGGCCUUUGAGGGCGACCAGGGCCAAGUGGUGAUCCGACUGCCCAGUCGUGUGCAACUGAGUGACAUCACCCUGCAGCAUCCACCGCCCAGCGUGGCCCACACCAGGGGAGCCAACAGUGCUCCCCGUGACUUCGCAGUCUAUGGCCUCCAGGUUGAUGACGAGACUGAAGUCUUCUUGGGGAAAUUCACCUUUGACGUGGAGAAAUCUGAGAUUCAGACUUUUCACCUACAGAAUGACCCCCCAGCUGCCUUUCCCAAGGUGAAGAUCCAGAUUCUAAGCAACUGGGGCCACCCCCGUUUCACCUGCUUGUAUCGAGUCCGAGCCCAUGGCAUGAGAACCUCAGAAGGGGCAGGGGAGAGUGCCACAGGAGGGCCUCAUUAAACAUGCUGAUGGUUGGAGUAGAGUGGAGAUCUGUGCUAAAAUAAGCUGGAACUGUGCUGGGGGUCUGCUGGGGGGCUCUGGUUGCCUUUGGUGUAUUAAGUGUGGUGGAAGUCUACCUCCCAAUGUGCCCUCUUUUCUUGGAGAAGUCCAGAUCAACAUAGUAGCAGCAGCUCAUGUUAACGGAGAGCUUACCAUGUGCAAGAGAUGGUGCUCUGGAGAUUAUACACAUUACCUAAUCAAUCCUCACAACACUCAAAUCAGGAAACUUGCUCAACGUCACACAGCUAGUGAAAGCAGCGGCACAGCAGGACCCAAGCAAACCUUCCUCCAGAGGCCACCCUCUUUAACUGUAGAGUUGCCAGUCAGCCUGAAGCCAGGUUUGUGCACCUCAAUUCCCACCCCCAACCUCUGGGAAAAUCCCCCAAUUUGGGCUAGGAGUCCCUUUUUCUUCAAACACUCAAAAACUAAGGAGAUUUGAGGACUUCUAGGAACAUGUGAGUCAGAGUUGAUGCAGGCCUGGUAGCCCCUACUCAGGUUGUCUUUACUGAAACCUGAGUGGCCGACUCUAUCCUAGGCACAGUACAGAUGGUCUAGUGUUCACCAGUCCCUGCCUUCAAAGAGCCUGAUGGGGAGAGAGGAUGCUCCAGGAAACAGGACAAUUCAUUUACUGAUCCAAGAAUUCUUCGCUCUAAGGGUCAAAAGUAGAAUUGGAGGACUAAAAGAUGGAAGAAACAGGCAUCAAAGGAUUAAUGAGUUCCACGUGGGCAGAGAGUAGAACGGGGGACAACACGAGCAGAGAAAACAUGCAACAUCUUGGCUGUGCCAGUGUAUUCAUGUUUUGGAAGAAUAUACAGACUAUUAACAGUGGUUACACCUCCAGGAAGUGGAAUGCGCGAAUAUAUGUGGAAGUGGAGCAUGUAUCCAUCUGUUUAAAUUUUGGGGGUAUUACUUUUAUAAUUUGAAGACAAAGGAAAAAGAGUCUACUGAGUGCUCUCAAAGCCUAAGGUUAGAAAUAUGAACUAAUACAGCUAUUCUGGAGGGCAGUUUUACAAUAGGAACCAAAAGUCUUAAAAUUCUUUAUACUCUUGGGGCUGGCCCCUUAACUGAGUGGUUAAGUUCGCGUGCUCCACUGCAGGCGGCCCAGUGUUUCAUUGGUUCGA